AGAGCCAUAUUGGUCAUGCGCAACGAGUGAAUUUAAGCCGGAGAGAUCAACGAAACUACCAAACUCGUUCUUCGCGUCAUCUCUACCCUUUAACAGUGACAUUUGACGUGUUAAUCUCUGGAAUUAUGUCUUUUUGCGCAUUUUCCGGAGGUGAGAUCUACAAAGAUCACUUUGAAAGUGGCAUCUAUGUGUGUGCGGAGUGUGGCCAUGAGCUUUUCCCAAGUAGGUCCAAAUACGAGCAUUCGUCACCAUGGCCAGCAUUCACUGAAACCAUUCACGAAAAUAGCCUCUCCAAGCAAGAGGAGAGGUCGGGCGCCUUCAAGGUUCGUUGUGGAAAGUGUGGAAAUGGACUCGGUCAUGAAUUUGUGAACGACGGACCAAAACAUGGCCAGUCGCGCUUUUGAAUAUUCAGCAGCUCGCUGCGUUUCGUCCCUAAAGUAACGGACGGACAGUAAGGCGAGCUGUGUGAGGGGGAGGUGAACAUGCUGUAGGAGUGUGACGGAGGCGGGCAGGCUGGUUGGAGGUGGGGCCUCUUCAUGACGUGUGCUGUUCUAAAGCCUAGAACGGGAAGGUCAGGACACCGAUGCGCCAGUGGCCUCACUGCCCAAGCAGGACCGCCGGGCUCCACAAACACCUGCUUUAACAGUCAACACGCACACAUUUAAGAUGUAGUGAAAAUGUUAGUGAUUUCUAUUAAAGUUACAGAUUUUGGACAUUGCAUAAUAUUGCAUUAUAUCAAAGGUUGGUGGAAGGUUUGGGUGUAAGUUAUGUCUAAAUCUGAAGAGACAUAUGUUUGAUGUCAGUAAUGCCUGUGAAAAAUGUAUGAGGACUCCCUUUACUUUAUUUCAAUUAUCAUAUUUCUAUUGCAAUAAAACACUAAAUUGUGUGUACACAAAAAGUACAUUUAGGAUAAAA